CCGUCACCCAAGUCAAUGGUUUGCUUUGCUACGAUUCCUUUAUCAGUCAGAAAGAAAUUAGAGUUAAAAGAAACGCGAUAAGUAUACGAAAGGAAAAAGAUUAUAAUUAAAACCCAAAUCAUUUAGGUAAAUAUUGAGGUGGAAGAUAUCAGUCGUGGACGUGAACACUCAAUUUUUGCUAAAUCUGUGACAUAACUUAAAUUGAUGAAAGUAUUUCCUGAUAUUCAGGUAAGAACGAUAAGUAAAAAGCUCAGUUUUCGACAGAAACACACACGAACACGAUAUAAACUUAAGACAAAUUAGCUGAUUAGUAUAGCUGUAUUUUAAAAGACGAGACAUUGACUGAUAUAUAUUAAGGCGCCAGUGAAAAUCCACCAACCAAAAUUAUUAUUAGUUCGACAUCGUAAAUAUUGUUUUCACUCCAGUUCUUUCAAUUACAAACUACUUUCACUUCUUUUUUUUUUCUUUUUUACUUCUGUCCUCGCAUGAUUUGCAUUGUUCGAAACAACAAUAGUAUUUCUUUGGCUAAAAUCUAGAGGUAGGGACCCUCACAAAAGCCAUCUGCAAUCCGCUUUACAAUUCAUUUUGUCUAGACAGUAUAAAUUAAAAUCACAAUUCGUCAAGGCAAUCGGAAAGAUGCGUGCGACACUGAUUACACUUUUGACAAAUAUAUUUUCUGAUUUGGAACCUUUCCCAGCUAAUAAUACUUAUAUUUGCCAGAUCGCAACUGUAUUUUAGCGCGAUGGGCACAUUAUCGAAAUAAAAAUCGAACAUCUGAGGGUAUUGAACGAAUAAGGUAGUAUUUUAAAUCUGGAGUGGAUAUCUGAACUGAUCAAUAAAACCGUGACCAAGUGAGGUCAAGUUCCCGGAUGUGCUAAGAAUCAAUCCCAUGGGUUGAAUAGACAGUUUCAACACAAACACUCGGCUCUACCGGCUCGAGUUUCGGCUUCGUGAACUCCUUGCAAAGAGUAGGAUACAGCUGUCUUAAGAGUGUACUCCACUGGACUGAUUUGCGGUUAAAACUCGCAUAAUUCCUCGACAACCAUCGCAGAAAUUCACCAGAAAGCAUCGCGCUUAAUCGUGAAUUGUUUCGCAACGACAAAUCGACAUCAACACAUCCAGAACUGCUCCCAGACAAUCAAACGCGUGUGAUAUAAAAGCCACGAUCAAUUGAGUGUCAGAUAUUUGAAUGUUUUAAGCUGAUAUUGGUGCGGCGUCGAAAUGCUCCCUUUCAAAAAAUACCUCAAGAAACAGUAAAUGUUUAAAAUAUCUCUGUAGCUCGGUUUUAAACUGAGUCCAUCUGCAAACAUGGCGAGUUCAUUAGGGCUGUUUGUGAAUCAGGAUGAUUUGGACGAAGCGAACCGACUGUCCAAGAAAAUCGAUUAUGCUCAGUUAGAAGACUAUGAAAAGGAUAUGGUUCGGAAUAUUUUGGAGUACAACUGGGACUCUCAACACCAAAUGGUGUCGAACCUGCUACACUUUCCUCGCAUCAUGCCUGAAGAUAAGCGAGUCAAAUGGAUUUUAAAGGGAUUAAAGGAAGAGAAACAGUCUUAUUACGUUCUUGCGGCAGCUACCGGCGUUGCGGGUCUAAAGCUGCAAGGCAAAGAUUCGGAAGAAAUCGUGGAAUUGCUGAAGAACAUCUCGACGUCGCAGAACGGAAUGGUGGCUCUUCGAGCGUUCAUGUCUCUUGCCGAUUAUUUGAAACACCCGAAAGAUACCUCCUUUGUUAUGAAGUUUAUGAAGAAAUCCAAGUCAAACUUGAGGUACAAUUCGCUGGACUGGCUGAUAGAAAAUGUCAAAGAUCGAAAGGAGCUGUUGUCCUUGUUCGAGGAUGAGUCCCUCCCGGAAGAUGUCAGACUUGAAGCCGUGGAACGGGUCAACAAUUCAACGGAUAGUGAAGCGCAAGAUUGGGCAAAUGAGGAUCUCCACCAUUUUACAUUUGUGCCAAACCUGGCCGAGUUUGAAGCCAUGAGGACAAAGGAGCAGACACUCUCGGAGCUUUUUUCCGAGUUAGACCUAGACAAAGAUGGUUUGAUCGGCGCAGAAGAGCUGAGAGAUUUCUGUGAAGACAUUGGUCAGGACAUCACCUUGGAGGGAGCGGCUAAAGAUAUUGCACUGGUAGACGGGAAUAAAGAUGGAAAAAUCGACAAAGACGAAUGGAUCGAACUUAUGUUUCCAAAGUUUAAUGUUCAAUGAGAAAUGUGAAUUGCAAUGUAAUUUAGCAACUCGAAACUACAACUUCUCCUUGGUAGAAGUGACGAUAUGGUAGUAUAAACAGUAGAACGCUACUAACCUUUGAAGAACUCACUCACUUCUCUUUGAAAUGCAGAUGGGGGAACGCUUUAGCUUUAGAUAAGAAUGGCCAUUUGGCGAUACAAAAGUGAUAAUAGUCCAUUUUACAGUUGUGUGCUUGGUUGCCAAGCCUUUGAAUGGGAGUGAGGCUAGGGAUGACCUUG